CAGUUUUUACCGUGCAGAUAACGUCACCAUCUCUUUGUGAAGCUCCAAGUGCAUGACUAUUUGUUUCUAUAUAUACAAAGCAAUACAAGUAAUAAGAGUCACAAGGCUAAGUUUAUAGGAGGAUAUUCCAUUCAAUAGAAAGAAUUGAAAGAUAUGGGUCAAGCUUUAGGUUGUAUUAUAGUUGGGCAAUCAAACGUGGCUAUUAAGGAACAUUUUGGGAAAUUUGAUGAUAUUCUGCAACCUGGAUGUCACUGCUUGCCUUGGUGCCUCGGAUACCAGAUAGCCGGCGGCCUUUCGCUCCGUGUGCAGCAACUCGAUGUCAAAUGCGAGACAAAAACCAAGGAUAAUGUGUUUGUGAAUGUGGUUGCUUCUGUGCAAUACCGCGCCUUGGCCGAUAAAGCAUCUGACGCCUUCUAUAGGCUCACCAACACAAAGGAACAGAUACAGUCCUAUGUUUUCGACGUUAUCAGGGCAAGUGUGCCAAAGUUGGAGCUGGAUGCUGUGUUUGAGCAGAAGAACGACAUAGCAAGGGCCGUCGAAGAUGAGCUUGAAAAGGCCAUGUCUGCUUAUGGAUAUGAGAUUGUUCAGACCCUUAUUGUUGAUAUAGAGCCUGAUGUUCAUGUCAAGAGAGCUAUGAAUGAGAUUAAUGCAGCUGCUAGAUUGAGGCUAGCUGCUAAUGAAAAAGCUGAAGCAGAGAAAAUACUUCAGAUCAAGAAAGCCGAGGGAGAAGCUGAGUCCAAAUACCUGUCGGGACUCGGAAUAGCUCGACAGCGCCAGGCCAUUGUGGAUGGACUGAGGGACAGUGUGCUUGCAUUCUCCGAGAACGUGCCCGGGACGACAGCAAAAGAUAUCAUGGACAUGGUUCUGGUGACGCAAUACUUCGACACAAUGAAGGAAAUUGGUGCUUCUUCAAAGUCCUCAGCAGUGUUCAUACCACAUGGUCCUGGUGCUGUUAGGGAUGUUGCUGAGCAAAUCAGAGAUGGUUUACUUCACGCCAAUGCCUCACCAAAUCUCUUAAAUUAAGCCUUUUUCUGGAAUUGUGAAUGACAAUACUAAUGUAUAUUGUGUGUGUGUGUGUGUGUGCUUUCUGGAUAAUUGAUGCUUUUGUGCUUGGUUUUGAGUGUUAAAGACUAAUUGUUAAAGCUUUCAAUAUUAAAGAUUAGUGGAAGCCUGCAAGGAUUACUUCUUAGAUUUUCUUUAA